CCGUUGAAAAUUCCUUUAAAUGUGCAAUUAUAUAGACUUUCGAACCACUGUUUCAUUGUAAAUUAUGUUACGCAAAGUCGAGCGUAAAUGAUAUAAGAUACUUGAGACUCCUGGAAUAAAUGCAAGUAACAAUAGAUUACGGCAUUUGUUGGUUUUUCGUAACAUAUAAACCUAGAUUCAUCUAUAAAGCGUUAAAACAAAUAUGUAUUUAUAUGGUGGGAAAAAAUAGUGAUAAUAAAAGUUAAGGAAUUUGAACCGUAAGUAUACUGAAACCGCAGAUAAGGAUCGUAAAAACGUAUCCGAAAUUGGCCAAGGUAUAAAGAUUUCAGAAAUCCGAAUAAAUUACUAGUCUGCAUAAAUCAGCUGAGCAUUUCUAUGAUUAAGCAGCAAUUGGGGGACAAACAUAUAACUCCCAAGUCCAAAGUUAGUUUCCUACGGAAGAAAUUAUCGCAAGGUGUGGUCACAGAUAGCCCCUUCCGAUCGAUCCCCUGCUUUUCCACGCCACCAUCCAGAUUUUCUAGGAUCCUGAACCCAUUUGAGCCCCAAAUGGUGGAUCGACUGCAUUUACCAACAUUUAGUCCGAGCGUCUUCAUGCAAAACUCAACACCCAAGACUGAAGCAAAAUUUAAAUGGACAAUCGACGAAAUUUCGUCGUUGCAACCGGCUGAAAUUGAUGAAACGACUGUAAGCCUGCAUGCGUGUACUGAAGACUCCAAAACAGAGGUUGUCGUGCAGAAAAAAAUUGACAUGUUCUUCAGGGAGUCCCAAAUUGCUCCUAGCCCAAUGAAUUUAAAGGCCAACUAUGUUCCUCUAUUGAAAGACUGCGAUUUUCCGAAGGAAAACCUUGAUGAGACUGUUGAAGAAAAUGUGCCCAAGAAACAAACACGCGAAGGUGCUACUCAGACUGUUUUAACGUUGCCCCCCAUACUCCCUAAGGAAGUGGAAGAUGCCUUAAGGCCAUAUUUUAUAUGCAGUGACGAUCAGCACCAAGUUGAUGAUGAUGAGUAUACAAAUGAUGCGCUUUAUCAGCAACUGUUUGAGUUUAAGCCCAGUUGCUGCCCAGAAUCGCCGAAUGGGGUGGAAUCCUUAGUGUCAUCACCACCUACUUCUUUAGGACAAUUGUCUGUUCAAUAUUCACCCUGCUCAAAAGAACCAGACACUGCGUUCGAUAAUUUAAAUUUUGAAGACUGUAAAUUGUCGCCCAUAUCGAAAACCCCACCUAGGAAACCACUUCACUUAUUUGGUUCGCCAGGUGAAGAGCGAAUGAGUGUCGAUACAAGUUUAAUUGUGCCAGACAUGGAUAAUGAAGAAAACUUGGACAAAACCUGUUAUCAAGUUGAUGGAGCAGUAGGUUCGUCUGGCUCGGAUCUUCCGGACACCAGUGCUAAUUGGAGUAUGGAAUACAAACACAUUUCUAUAGUUUCACCCAGUUUGAAUUCAGACGCAAUUGCAAUGGAUUUGUCCAAUUCCAGCACCCCCCAUUCCAAACUAUAUGUAGGAAAAGGGCAAAGAAAAAGACUGAGCGAUAGCUUUAAAAUCGAAGAAAAUGGAAAUGGAGACAAUGGCUUCCAAGUGAGCGAUGUUUCCAUGAAAAGUAGAGGAACGAUUGGCCAAAACAAAUUGGGAGAAUCUGAUUUUGGGUACUACACGCACGAUACCGGUGAUUUUAGCAAUACCAGCGUGUUUGCCUCAACCCCUAGCAAAAGAAACCGUUCACUUCCAUGCAGUGAACCAAACUAGCAUAAGACGGGGACAUUUCAGUAAUCUAAAUAAUUAUAUAUCGGGAAUUUUUCACUAUUGGGGUUGGGCGACACUCUAAGGCAAGGGCGAACUCUUUGAUUUCAUGUGAUUGUUUUUCAGGGUUUUCAGUAUCUUAAAUUGUCGAUCUGUCUUAGCUUGAAUCUACCACUGCCAUUUGCUAAAGGCUGAUGUUUACUUUAUAUUUCAUGCUCUCUAUAAGCAUAUAUAUUGAGCCACGGGCUUUUUGAGCUGUGCAAUUGUGACAAACUGGACUUCCUAUGGUUGUGGAAGGUGCCUGUGUAAUAAAGUAUUUCUCAUUUA